UCCGGGUCCUGGAUCCCCGCGGCAGGAGUUCCCGGUAGGCGGUGCGGGAGGAAGAGGAGUCUGCGGGGCCGAGCCGGGCCGGCGGGUCCUCUCUCCUCCAUGUGAGCGGGCUCCGAGCCCCCGUCAGGCGAAGCUGUCCCGAGGAGGGAACAUGAGGCGGUGUCUGCUCUUCCUGACCAGCCUCGCCCCGCUGGUGCUGGCGCCGCGACCUCCGGACGCCGCGGGCCCCGGCUCCCCCCAGCGACUUGAUAAUCUUGACUCUCUGCUCUCAGACUACGACAUCCUUUCUCUGUCUAAUAUCCAGCAGCACUCAGUGAGGAAAAGGGGUCUGCAGGCCUCUACGCAUUUAGAAACACUACUCACGUUUUCAGCUCUGAAAAGGCAUUUUAAAUUAUACCUGACAUCAAGUACUGAACGCUUUUCACGGAAUUUCAAAGUGGUGGUGGUAGAUGGUAAAGAUGAAAGCGAGUAUAAUGUAAAAUGGCAGGACUUCUUCAGUGGACAUGUGGUUGGUGAGCCUGACUCUAAGGUUCUGGCCCACAUAGGAGAUGAUGAUGUUACAAUAAGAAUCUACACAGACGGGGCAGAAUAUAACAUAGAGCCACUGUGGAGGUUUGUUAAUGAUACCAAAGACAAAAGAAUGUUAGUUUAUAAAUCAGAAGAUAUCAAGAAUGUUUCACGCUUGCAGUCUCCAAAAGUGUGUGGUUAUGUAAAUGUAGAUAAGGAAGAGUUGAUUCCCAAAGGGCUUAUAGACAGAGAGCCACCUCAAGAGUUUGUUCAUCGGGUGAAGAGAAGAACUGGUCCUAACCCCAUGAAGAACACAUGUAAAUUAUUGGUGGUAGCAGAUCAUCGCUUUUAUAAAUACAUGGGCAGAGGGGAAGAGAGCACCACUACCAAUUACUUAAUAGAACUAAUUGACAGAGUUGAUGACAUAUAUCGGAACACUUCGUGGGAUAAUGCGGGUUUUAAAGGUUAUGGAAUACAGAUAGAGCAGAUUCGCAUUCUCAAGUCUCCACAAGAGGUAAAACCUGGUGAAAAGCACUACAACAUGGCCAAAAGUUACCCACAGGAAGAUAAGGAUGCUUGGGACGUAAAGAUGUUACUAGAGCAAUUCAGCUUUGAUAUAGCUGAGGAAGCGUCUAAGGUCUGCCUAGCACAUCUUUUCACAUACCAGGAUUUUGAUAUGGGAACGCUUGGAUUGGCUUAUGUUGGCUCUCCCAAAGCAAACAGUCAUGGAGGUGUUUGUCCCAAGGCUUAUUAUAGCCCAGUUGGGAGGAAAAAUAUCUAUCUGAAUAGUGGUUUAACCAGCACAAAGAAUUAUGGUAAAACCAUCCUCACCAAGGAAGCCGACCUGGUUACAACACAUGAAUUGGGACACAAUUUUGGUGCAGAACAUGACCCGGACGGUCUGGCAGAAUGUGCACCCAGUGAGGACCAGGGAGGGAAGUACGUCAUGUAUCCCAUAGCUGUGAGUGGCGACCAUGAAAACAACAAGAUGUUUUCCAACUGUAGUAAACAGUCCAUCUAUAAGACCAUUGAAAGUAAGGCCCAGGAGUGCUUUCAGGAACGCAGCAACAAGGUGUGUGGGAACUCCAGAGUGGACGAAGGGGAGGAGUGUGACCCCGGCAUCAUGCACCUGAACAAUGACACGUGCUGCAACAGCGACUGCACCCUGAAGCCCGGCGUGCAGUGCAGUGACAGGAACAGUCCUUGCUGUAAAAAUUGUCAUUUUGAGACCGCGCAGAAGAAGUGCCAGGAGGCCAUUAAUGCUACCUGCAAAGGCGUGUCAUUCUGCACAGGGAACAGCAGCGAGUGCCCUCCGCCGGGGAAUGCGGAGGACGACACGGUGUGCCUGGACCUGGGCCGGUGCAAGGACGGGAAGUGCAUCCCCUUCUGCGAGCGGGAGCGGCAGCUGGAGUCCUGCGCGUGCAACGAGACCGACAACUCGUGCAAGGUGUGCUGCAGGGAUCUCUCCGGCCGGUGUGCGCCCUACGUGGACGCUGACCAGAAGAACUUGUUUUUGAGGAAAGGAAAGCCCUGCACAGUGGGCUUCUGUGACGUGAACGGCAAAUGUGAGAAACGAGUACAGGAUGUAAUUGAGCGGUUUUGGGAUUUCAUUGACCAACUGAGCAUCAAUACUUUUGGGAAGUUUCUAGCAGACAACAUCGUUGGGUCUGUUCUGGUUUUCUCCUUGAUAUUUUGGAUUCCUUUCAGCAUUCUCGUCCACUGUGUGGAUAAGAAACUGGAUAAGCAGUAUGAAUCCCUGUCUCUCUUCCACCCCAGUAACGUGGAGAUGCUCAGCAGCAUGGACUCGGCAUCUGUCCGCAUUGUCAAGCCCUUCCCCGCGCCCCAGACUCCCGGUCGCCUGCAGCCAGCCAUGCUACCGCCCGCGCCUGCGGCUCCCCGGCUGGACCACCAGAGGAUGGACACCAUCCAGGAGGACCCCAGCACGGACUCGCACGUGGACGAGGACGGCUUUGAGAAGGACCCCUUCCCCAACAGCAGCACCGCCGCCAAGUCCUUCGAGGACCUCACCGGCCACCCAGUGACCCGGAGCGAGAAGGCUGCGUCCUUCAAGCUGCAGCGGCAGAGCCGCGUGGACAGCAAAGAGACAGAGUGCUAGUGGAGCCAGCCCGGCGCCCGGCUCACGCGUGGCGUGUUGGUGCAGGUUCCGGGGUCAUGGCCUGCACUGGUGACCUGCGAGGAGCGAGGACGUGACCCAGCGGGUGGCCUGCGCUGGGCAGGUGCCUCCUCCCAGAGGCCAGCCUCCUCCUUGGAAGAGGUAAGGUGAAGCGGAGCAUUUUGAGGCUUCAGGUUUAGUAUUUAAUUUUUAACAUAUCCUUUGACCUCUGGUGCAAAAACAGAAUAUACAGCUGGAUUAGGUUCUGAAUAUUUCAUGUAAACUGGCUUUUUUAAAUUGAUGAAGCACUGAUUUGGGAGGUGAUCAGUUUUGUUUUUUUUUAAUACACUGUAACAAUUCCCUGACUGACAAAAGCAUUUGCCAAUUAUUGUGUGAGGACAACUGGAAUACAGAUUUACUUAUUUAUUUCUGUCAAGUAGAAGCAAGGGAGAUAGUUACGUACUAUCUCUAAAUUGUUACCUUGUUGCUAGAUAUUACAAAGCCUUUUCUAAGAACUAUAAUUUUAAGCUAGAACUCACUCUACUUGGAGGUCUAUAACAGCUGUAACAGCUAGUUACAUUUACACUUACUCUGUCAAUUGUUCAGGUCCCCAAUUUGCUGGGUGGGUUUUGUUGUUUUAUAAAAUUUAUGUAUUUCUAAUAUCGUUUGCCAUGCUCUUAAAAAGUUCACUAUCCACAAAAAUCGAACAUACUUCAGCCAAACCUGAUGUGAAAGAACACAGCUGUCUGUCUGCGACCGUGAGUAGGGAAGAGUCGGUGGAGGGGAUGUAUGGCUGGCUAUCUGUCUAGGCGGUAGGUGUUCACAGACUGUUGGACAGGCUGAAGUGUGCUGCGUACCGGCCUGGAAGCACCCCGGAGCCCCUCCAGACUCAGUGUCAUUCACUGACUUCUGCUCUAGGUUCUGGAUGCUUUGUUUUCAAAGGGUAAAAACUCUCAUGCUGAUUUCUGGAAAAGUUUAGUUAAAAAGCAUUUCCCCUAAGAACUGAAGUGUGCUCACCAGACAGCACAUCUUAACCAAGGUGACUUUUAAACUUUGAGGGAAGUUAACCAAACCUGUGCCUUUCUCCUCUAAGGAUGUUUGUUACAGAUCCUUGUUACACUAAUACUUGAACUUGUACCUCAUGGUAUUUGCCAUCCUUAAGUAGUUACAACCUUCUCAUCUUCUAGUUAUACUUUCAGAGUUUGAUACAAGGUGAAUGGGUGUGUGGUGCAUGUAUGAGUGAAGCAUUUCUUACCCGAAUGUAAGAAAACUCUUUUUUAUAAAAUUGUGACUUUUUAAAAAAGAAAACGUUCUUUACCUUUUUUGCCAUGCACGAGAUUACCCAGCUGCUCAGGGUAUAUAUUCUGUAGCUGUGGGAUUGCUGAUACCUGCAUCAAUCAAUAAAUGAGUAUCAAAACUUAA